UCUCUCUCUGCAGAUGCUCCAGCUGACAUCCUCUUCAUCAUCUUUGGAUGUUUUUGACGAUCAACACAGUAAAGGCAUCAUAUUUCUGCCGUAGAUCAACUUUACAUUUUACAUCUUACAUCUUUAAACCCUGCAGGAGCCUCUCAAAGUGACCGCGUGAGGAGCAAGCUGGUGCUGAUGCUGAGCUUUGGAUAGUUUGGAGAGGGAGACACGAGCGCACGGACUUUUUUUUAUCAUCCCUCUAUCUGCGACCAGACACACACACACACACACACAAAGGCUGAUGCGUGCAAAAAAAAAAGUGACAUGCAAACAGGAAUGAAGUGGUAGAUGAGCUGUGGCUCCGACGCUGCACAGAUCCUGCAGGUCCAGGUUGGUCUGGUGGUCUGGUGAGAACUGAACAACAACAAGAAACAUGAAAUCCAGGAGUCAGGACCAGAGUUUGUCUGACUCCAGAGAGCUGGACAGAUCCUACGACCCACUUACAGGUAAUCCACCAUCCAAACCAAAUAAGAAGACCAUAAAGCAACGGUUUCUCAAACUUCUCCCCUGCUGUCGCUCUGGCUCCAGCUCUUCAAUUACGCAAAGUACUAUAAGUGAUGAUGAUGAACUGUUGACGGUGCGUUACCGACCGGAUGGGCUCGACCGUAUCGCACAGCAGACCAACUUCAGCAAGAAAGAGCUGCAGGUCCUCUACCGGGGAUUCAAAAACGAGUGUCCCACUGGUGUGGUGAAUGAAGAGACUUUUAAAAGCAUCUACGCCCAGUUCUUUCCUCAUGGAGAUUCAAGUAUGUAUGCACAUUUCCUGUUUGAAGCUUUUGACACCCGCAACAAUGGAUCGGUCAGCUUUGAGGAUUUUGUUGUAAGUCUGUCCAUCAUCUUGAGAGGCUCCAUCACUGACAAACUCAACUGGGCCUUUAAUCUGUACGAUCUCAACAAAGACGGCUGCAUCACUAGAGAGGAGAUGACAGACAUCAUGCAAUCCAUCUAUGACAUGAUGGGGAAGUAUACAUACCCCUGCAUGAGGGACAAUGCUCCCCAGGAGCAUGUUGACAACUUCUUCCAGAAAAUGGACAAGAACAAUGACGGAGUGGUCACCAUCGAUGAGUUCUUGGAGACGUGUCAAAAGGAUGAAAGCAUCAUGCAGUCCAUGCACAUGUUUGACAGUGUGAUCUAAAGCUUGGUGGACACAGACAUGAAAUCUUCCCUCCUCCUUGGAGCUCAUCUACAGUAUUCAGCCCCCCGGCUAGGAGUGGACGGUGCUUCUGCGCCCUAAACAGACUGGGGCAGGGUGCAAACGGCAAUGUCCUGAGGAUACCUACCCCAAAACCUGUUUUUUGUGACAUAUUUUUAUUUUAUUAAGUGUAUAGGAAGGCAUCAAAAGGUGGAUUCUGGUGUUUUAAGAUCUUGAGCCUUUGCAGACCGAUUUGAACAAGCAUAUUUAAUGCUGUAGAAAAUAAGCAUUGAUGAAUAGAUGGCCCAAAAAACAGAGGUGGGCGACUGUCGUGGCCUCUUUACUCAUACAAAUGAUGACUAUUAACUUAUUAUAUUUUCUCUAUUGCAUGAAUGAAUGUGCAGACACAUGGAACAAAUUGAACAAUACUCAAAAUGUUGUAGAGUAUCACUCACUGUCUAUACCCAGAGUUAUAAGGACGGCUCUAAUGAAGGAAGUUUGAAAUCAAGCAAUAAUCUGAAAGUAACGUGUUAUCAUAUCUGUCCUCAGUGUUCUUCUGGAGCUCACCACUCACAUUUAUUGUAAUACUGUAUAUUGUGUCUGCAUGAUAUGUCUGUUUUGACUGGCCAUUGAAAUGUUUAAAGUGUUGAUAUAUUUUCUAUAUGGACGUGGUGACGAUGAUGAGGUGAAUAAAACUACACAGUUGCUAUGCAAAA